UCUAGUGUCUUUUCCGUCUCUUUGUGAUCUUCGACAGCGACACGCCGCACACACCGGUACUACAGCAUUUCUUAAAUUGAUCGCCUAACCUUCAAAAGAAAUUAAAAUAUGGCUGAGCCACGUGAAAGAACCUUUAUUAUGGUAAAACCAGACGGUGUCCAACGUGGACUUGUCGGUACAAUCAUCAAGCGUUUCGAGAAGAAAGGUUUCAAGCUGGUCGCCCUGAAAUUCGUAUGGCCAUCUGAAGAACUUCUACAGAACCAUUACAGCGACUUAUCUUCCAGACCCUUCUUCCCUGGACUAGUGAAGUAUAUGAGUUCCGGCCCAGUGGUCCCGAUGGUAUGGGAGGGACUUAAUGUGGUGAAAACCGGUCGUCAAAUGUUGGGUGCAACGAACCCAGCUGACUCGCAACCUGGUACCAUCCGUGGCGAUCUUUGCAUUGAAGUCGGUCGUAAUAUAAUUCACGGUUCCGACAGCGUUGAUUCGGCCAACAAAGAAAUCGGUUUAUGGUUUACUGAGAAGGAACUUGUUGGAUGGACUCCCGCUGCCGAAAAUUGGGUCUACGAGUAAUUGUUCCAAUAUGUUAUACUCCAUAUAUAUAUGUAAUAUGUUUAUUUAAUUGUGAUAAAGAA